CGCGGGUGGUGUCUCCGUCUGUCUGUCUGUCUGUCUGUCUGUCUGCCCGUCCGUCCGUGUGUGUGCGCGUGUGUGUGUGCAAGGCGGGGCUGUGCCGCCCCGCGCCGGCUGGUGCCAUCUGGGAGCCGGGGCGUGGAGCGGAGGAGGGCGCAGGAGGGGGGACGAGCAUCCUCAAGGCCGAGGCUCCGCUCGUCUUGCCGGCGAGCGGGAGGCUCCUCGGCACCGGUACCGGCAAAGUACCUGCGGAUCGGCUCGCCGCCUCCUCCUCCUUUUAUUUAUUUUUUGGGCUUUUUUUUUUUUUUUUUUUUUUUUUCAAUCUUUCGGAAACGCCGAUCUCCCGUAAAUGGUGCUGCUGCGGGGAGGGCAGCCCCCCUGCCAGCCCCGGGCCGGGGGAGCACCCCGGGGCUCCCCUCGCCCUGCCUAGCGGCACCGUUCCCGUCCCCAUCCCCGUCCCCGGAGGGGGCGGGAGGCAGAAGGCAGCCCGCAGCCCCGUCCCCGGCGGGUGUCGGCGCCUCUGCGGACUGGCCCCAGGGAUGCUGCGGGCCGCCGGCUCCCGCCGCGGGGAGGGCGCUAUGCCGGCGAGAUAACGCGGCUUCGCCAGCAUCCCGGGGGCGUCGCGGUGCCGGCGGGGGGAGCCAGCCCCCCGGGACCCGGCUGCCGGCAGCCGCCGCGACUUCUGGGCGGCCGGAGCGGGCCGGGGAGCGGCGGGGCGAGGCCCGGCGGAGCGGGGAGCGGAGCCUGCUCGCCUCGGGGCCGGAGGACGGGAGGCUGCGGAGCGCAGGCAGCAGAAGCGGGGAGGAGGAGGAGGAGGUGGAGGAGGGCAGCGCCAUGACUCAUUUGCAGGCAGGUCUCUCCCCCGAGACCCUGGAGAAAGCCCGGCUAGAGCUGAACGAGAACCCCGACACCUUGCACCAGGACAUCCAGGAGGUGCGGGACAUGGUCAUCACCCGGCCGGACAUCGGCUUCCUCCGCACCGACGAUGCCUUCAUCCUGCGGUUCCUGCGGGCCAGGAAGUUUCAGCACUUCGAGGCGUUUCGCCUCCUGGCCCAGUACUUUGAAUAUCGCCAGCAGAACCUGGACAUGUUCAAGAGCUUCAAGGCCACAGACCCGGGCAUCAAGCAGGCGUUGAAGGACGGCUUCCCCGGCGGGCUGGCCAACCUGGACCACUACGGCAGGAAAAUCCUCGUCCUUUUUGCUGCCAACUGGGACCAGAGCAGGUACACGCUGGUGGAUAUUUUGCGUGCCAUACUUCUUUCUUUAGAAGCCAUGAUAGAAGACCCUGAGCUGCAAGUGAAUGGGUUUGUUUUGAUUAUAGACUGGAGCAACUUCACAUUCAAGCAGGCCUCCAAGCUCACACCAAGCAUGCUCAGAUUAGCCAUAGAAGGCCUUCAGGACAGUUUUCCAGCUCGUUUUGGAGGAAUACAUUUCGUCAAUCAGCCGUGGUAUAUCCAUGCCCUGUACACAGUUAUACGUCCCUUUUUAAAGGAGAAGACACGAAAAAGGAUAUUCCUGCAUGGUAAUAACCUCAACAGUCUACAUCAGCUAAUACAUCCUGAGAUCCUACCUUCAGAGUUUGGAGGAAUGUUGCCCCCCUAUGACAUGGGGACAUGGGCAAGAACACUGCUAGACCAUGAAUAUGAUGAUGACAGUGAAUGCAAUGUGGACUCCUUCAACGCUCCCACAAAAGAUAUAGAAAAGGAUCUCUCUCCCAAGUCCAUGAAAAGGUCUCAAUCGGUGGUGGAUCCUGGGGUGCUAAAACGCAUGGAUAAGAAUGAGGAAGAAAACAUGCAGCCUUUGCUUUCCCUUGACUAACAGUUCCUGAGCAUCGGGCAUGAACUGAGGUGGAAGGCAUUGCCUCUCAGGAACAAGCAAACCAUCAGGAAGGAGUGUACAAGCUGGAAUCCUAUUUACUCACAUUAAUGUAGCAUAAUGGAAACAGGCAGAAGGUUUUACUGUUCUGCCUGAAUUCUAGAUGCCAUGGGGUGAAAAAGAAGAGGAGAAAGAAGGAAAAUAAAAUAAAACAAAAUGAAAUAAAAUAAAAAAAAAUCAAUAAUUUAUUCUGUAAGUGCCAACUUGUUUGUAAAUACAAUAUAAUCCUCCACUUUGACUUUGUAAGUUAUGGUAAGCAAACGCUAUGGAAAUAAAUGACUAUUAAUUAUAUAAUUGAAGUGCACCAUACAAAAGAGAAGAAAAUGUGUGCACACACGUGCGUACACACAUAGAGAAACACAUACUGGACAAGGAAAAAUAUCAAAGCCAAUUAAAUGUUGUCCUUCUUGUAGGAAGCCAUACUGCAGCUAACAUACUGACUGCUGUUUUUUUCUCUCUGCAGUGCUCAUGUAGUGUGCAAAGAUAAAGAGGGAAUAUAAGAACUUGGAGAUGCUGUAACCAGUCGAGUAUUUCCUCAGUGUAGGAAUUUAUUUCCAACUAACAUUGUGGUUUAGGAUUGUGAUUUAACAUAAACCAUGCAGCAUUGUGAAAAAGAUAACAGAUGAGCUGGAACCAACUCUUUGACAGCUUUGUUGUUUGGCUAUACAAGUCUGUGAGUUUUUUUUCCUUAACUAUUUUGUUUACAGUUUGCGAGUAACUUAGCUUGUUACCCUAAUCUGGGUGUUGUAAUAUGGGCCAUAAUGGAGUUACUUCUCUUGCAUUUUGGAUGCAUGUCAAGAAUUUUUCCAGAACUCUUUUCUCCCUUGGAAUGAGAAAGUACAGUGUAAGAACCAGUAUCUGAAAGUAAAGCUUGACAACACAGUUUAAAUUUAAUCACUGAAUCCUGUGCACUUGGAGACUUGGAUACAUAUAUAUAUAUAUAUAUAUAUUCACCAAUCUCUGACAAACUUGUAAGUUUACAUUGUUAGACAAGUAUAUUUCACUGGAGGUUUAUACAGGAAAUCAUACCUAUUCAAUGUACUUAUAUUAUAGAUUGUAUAUUGAAAUGAUGUCUUGAAUAAUAUAAUACCACUUUCCAUAGAGAUGGAAAUGACAUUCCACUCCAAACAAUAUGAAUAAGUUUUAGUCAAACAUCUCAGCCUAUGUUUCUGGGGCACUUUUGGUUUGGGUAUAGUGUAAAUGUAUAUAUAGAACAUGUGCCAUAGUGGAAAAAUACAUUUUACCUCAAAAAGGCAACAGGUUUUGCUAGGAAUUAAAUCAGCUGAAAUGCAGGGGCUGUGUCAUCUUUUUUGUGUGUGCAGAUGUGCAUGCAAUCUAUUGUAUACUGAGACAAGAAUACAUCCAUUAAAAUAGCCAUGCAUUUCUUAUUAGGAAUUAGCUUUGCAAUCAGAAUGGGAAGGCACAGGAUACUCACCAAAACAUCUGAAUAAUUAGAGAUAUUGCAACAGCAUAAUCUGGACAAUGCAGGGACUAGUUGAGAAUAUGCUCAACAGCUGACCACAAUGGAGGAAAUAGCUCAUAGCUACCCUGCCUCUGAAACUCUGUGAUUUAAACAAUUUCUUCCAUUACUUCAGUGAUCAUUGAAGUUUCAAAUUUGCUGGUUGUAGGUCACCUUUUCCUUCCCAGGGUGAUUCCAGAUAUAAGAAUAAGUAGGCUGUAAAGAGUUACGAGAGUGCAGAGAGUGAAAUCUUGGAAAUGUGUCAUCCCAGAAUUUAGCUGUAACUACUGUGGUGGACACUUUGGUGUUCCUCAGUGCUGAGACAAGCCAGUCUCUUUCAGCAUUAACCUUGAUUAGCUCAGGCAGCAUGCAGAUAAAGCUCUUGUCCUUGAAACAUUGCUAAGUAGAGUAUGCCCCAACAUGCAAUCAUAUUACAGAAUCUUGUCUAACAAGUCAUCACCUUCCCACUCUCUUAUUUAUGUUUUCAGGAUACAUGUUAUGAAAUGCAAAGGGAAAAGAGAUGUAGCCUGAAUUUGAGAAGUGUUUGUCAGAGGUAAUUACAGAAAGUGUACACGGGAACUGUAGGUGCCUAUAUCUUUGCAGUUCAUCCAACAAGUUUUCAGUAGUAAAAACUUUUGUAUUAGUACUUCUGUGCUUUGUGGGGCUUGAAAGACCAAUGAUUUGUUAUCAGCAAUUUUAUUAAUUUGUUUGUCAUGAAUCUUGUAACAUCACGCUGUAUAGGUAAGCUAUAUCUCUAGGGUUUAUGUAAGUGCCAUAGUUGGAAGUAUGUUAUACAUACACAUGUUUAUGGCUAGUUGAAUUGAUUAUUGCCAUAGAUCUGGUUGUUAAAUCCUUGUCAGAUAAAACUGUAACAUCAAUAGAUUUUUUCUCCUUUAAGGGCUUCAGGAUGUAGUGUUCCACAUUUAUGCAAACUGUGCCAGUGGUGAUCAAAAUCUUCAUGGAUGCUUUUGUAUACAUGAGCCAAAACUUGGUGUAAGCCAGCACAAUGCUGAUUGCAGAGUAAACCAGCUGUCUGGUCAGAAAAUGCAAAUGCCUCUUAAAUCCUGACAGAGUAUCUUUGUAGGAAAAUAUAUCUGCUCAAUUGUAUGAAGCUUCUGCACACCAACUGAUAAAUUUGUUUUGUUUGUGAAUCCUUUACUUAUGCACUUAGCUGUAAUUUAUGUAAUGUUUUCUGGUACCUGAGUUCAGCUUGCAGUUAAUGAGUAUUAAUAUAUUAUUUUCAGAUAGUGAAGGUAGGAUAUACUAGAAAUUUGCUUAACUGGGUCCUCAUCUUUCACCAAGAACAAAAGUACUUUUUCAGUAAGAUCCUCACUGUUAAAGAGUUGGGAUACAGGUCUUCUUGGCUGCAGUUUUCAUUUCACUGAAAAAAAUUCUUGCAGUGGCAACUGCAGUUGUGAUAUUUGAUAAGAAUCUGAAAAUAGGUAAGAAAAAUAAUUAUCCUUCACAUGCUCUCAGUAUUCUUUGAAGGCAUUUCUCUUUUACUCAUUAGAGUACAUAUAGAGUUUCCUCCUUUCCCUUGCUUCUUGUAGAAAAUCAUUAUAGGUAAGUCAAUUUUUAAUAGCUGGAAUUUGGACUGAAAACUUUUUCCAAUCUUUAUUAUCACAGGAGUUGAUGUUGAAUUUUAUAGCAGAAUUGAAGUGCUAAAAACAGAAUUCAAAUGCUUGGGAGGGUCAUUUUUAUUUCUUACCUUCAAUGUAUAUUGAGUAGAAUAAAUCUUGUUGUGCUUAUGCAUGCUGAUAUGCAUAUUAAAAAAAAAAUAACACUGCAAUAUGAGGAACUUAGUGGAAAGACUUGAUACACCUGUCCAAGCAGCUAAGUAAAAAAAAUAAAUAAUCAAACAAAUAAAUAAAGGAGAAUAAAAGUGUAAAAUAAUUUUAUGCCUUUGGCAAGAUCCCAAAACGUUCCCCUAAACAGUAUCUCUUCCAUGAAAGACUUGGAUGGAAAUUUAUGGAGAAGUUAUGGAAACUUUCAUGCUCAAAGACUUGAUCCUGUAAUUGCAGAUGUACAAGUCUAUUGGCUUUAUAAAGACAGGUAAUCAGUCCCCCUAAGCUCCAAUAAACAUGCAGGCUCCCAAUAGUUAUUAAAUGUAAAAUAGCUUUAAGAUGUCUUUACAGAAAUGUAAAUUUAUUGUAUAGCAUAUUUAAAAAGAUGUUUUGCACUUUGCAAACAUACUAUGCUUAAACACAAAGGAUAUUUACAGAAGUGUACAUAAGCAAAACACAGAAUUAAAGAAAAUAGAAGGGACCUCAAGGAGUCAGCUGCAUUGAUGUAUGGAAGAGCAGUUUAGCUUCAGUUGUGUCUCUCUUAAGGAAUUGUUUUUACUCGGUACAUUGCAUAGGAUGUUCUUUGUAUCAUUUAAACAAAUUACAGCAAAGCCUAAGCACAAUACCUGAUAAAUUUUUAAAUUGACAGUAUUUUGUUAAUGUCUUUUAUGAUUUACCUUCUCUCUUUGGGAAAUGAAAAAGUUUGCCAAAUGUAAUAAUUCUACCAUUUAGAAUUAUCUGGGAAACAUUUUGCAAUAAGCUCUGGUCAUGUCCCGUUAUUAUACUUUUUCUGUUAUUAUCAAUGUAAGCAAUUGUCCAGAUUUUUGAAACAGUCAUGUUUGGAAGAGCAUGCAAAAGAGAAAGUUCAAAAUAAGGCUUCAGAAUUUUGUUUAGAAUAUUAAAAUAUUCUUUGAGGCUCUAGGAGCUGAGUUUGUUUUUGAUAACCUUUAUUUGCCUCUGGGGAAAGUACUUUUGAAUUAUCAACAUUGGGUACUGGGAGAAAUAUGUCAGAUGAAUAUCAGUGAAACAAACAAACAAACAAACAAAACAAAACAAAACAACAAAAAAGGGAAAAGGUCUCAAAGGAUUGUACCAAAAAAUCACACGGCUAGCUGUGUAAUGUCAUUUUAAUGAAAGGCAUUUUGUGAGUAGCUUUAGAGCACGGACUUGUCGUGCUGAGAAUAGUACUUUCAUCCACAAAGUUCAAAGCACACUAUGAAAUCAAUUGAUAUGAAAUCAAUAUGAAAUCAAAUAUGAAAUCAAUAUUUAUCCCAUUAUCAGUUCUCAGGUGGUAAAAUAGAAACACAGCCACUUAGAUAUAUUCAAAUCUCAAUAGAAUACAUUUUUGUUAAGUUUAUGUAUUGCAAAAGUGACACUUUGAUCACUCAGACUAGUUUGAACUGAAAGAGAGAAAAUAUUUUGUAUGAAAACGUCUGGCUGUUGAUUCAGUCACGACUAGUUUCCUUAGAAAAGCCCUAAAUAUUUUAGCUUGCGCCCUUUACAAAAUAGAGAUGGUCUGCUUGAGCUAUAUCUGAAUGUACGUGCCUUUUGCUGAGGAAUUGGUAAAAAGGGUAUGUCCCCAACAUGCAAUGCCUUUGUUCUCCAUGUAAAUGAUGGACAAAAAAUAAUAAUAAUUCUGAAGACCUGAUCCUGAAGACUUCACAUCCUGGCUGCCUGACAGAUAACUCUGAAUUUGGCAAGGGAUGAUCUCUUCUUAAGGGCCUUGAACAAUACUUAUGUCCUAUUAAUUAUACAGGGAACAUUGGCAUUUAAUUUAAAGGCAUCCUGAAGUGACCUCAAAUGAAAGCGCAGGCUAGGUAGGUAGGACCCCACCUCCUGUAUUGCCUUGUAACCUUCAAUAAUGUUGUGUCAAGGCUCAGUAUUUAGCAUAUUAACCUGGACAUAUCCUUUAGUCUGUAUUUCAACUUUCAGUUGUGUGGGAAAAUUUUCAUAUCAGAUUUUGAGAUCUUGGUUUGUUUCCUUCAUAUGGGUCUGUAUCUGAAAAAAAAAAAAAAAAAAAAAAAAAAAAGGCAUUGCCCCCUGUUGGAAUGCACAACUUGCAAUAUGAUUUUGCUGUUAAAAAAUAACAACUUGUGAUAUGCUGGGCAUUGGUGCAGUUGAGACAUAAGUCACAAGCUCCCACUACUUUGUCAUUCAUUCUCCAGUGUUUUGUGUGUAUAUACCAUUUUGAUUGAUAGCAGAUAUAUCAAACUCAUAUGAUAUGAGUUAAAAAAAAUAAUAAAAAAAACUUUCUGCAGUUCAAACUCUGAGUUGGUGGUAUUGCUGUGGAAUUCAACUGGAAAGGAAACACUGUGUAUAAGCAAAACAGAGACUGGUACAAGGGAAGAUGUUGAUGCUUCCUUAUGGCACACUGUUUAUGUUAAAACAUGGCCAAAGUAUUUGUCUAUCAAACUCUGGUCAGUCAGCUCUUUUGUUUCAGAAUCAGUCACACACAACAAAUCCUCUCUAAUAAAGGUAUUACAAAGCUUCUAUUUGCUGUUAGCAGAGAGUUCACCACCACAAUAUUGACAUAUCUGAACAGCAGACAAAUGGUGGGGGUUAAUUAGGAUUUGUAUUUGAUAUGGAAAUGCUGCUCUGAUUCCUUAAGAGGCUGCUGUGUCAUCAGUAAUGCACAGCAAUGUCUGAAGGAAAGCAUCUCAAGUUGGGUCCUUUGGUUAAUAAAAAUUUAAGGGGAGAAAAAAGCAAGGGGAGAAAUAAUAGAAAAAAGGUAAAACAUCAAUUAAAAACAGAAGCUUGCCUGCACUGGAAAGGCAGAUGAAUGGCAAAAAUGAUGCAAGAGAAUUUGUAUGAACACAGAAGAGAAUCUGUGGUCAUCUUGUGUCCUCCAUCUACAUAUGAGCAAUGUUCCCAUUUUUCACACCGUUUCACUUGUAUGGUCACGAUGCAGUUUUCUGAAUCUUUAGAAGAUGUUUUGAGUUACUAUAUGAAAUCACAGACAGAGUGGCUGAGCUUGUGAACAUGGCUUAAUGGAUCAGUGCAUGGCACCAUAUCCUCACCUAGAGAUGGGCCCUAGGCUGAUUCAGACUUGGAGACCUGGAGAAAUAUAUGAACUGAAGUGUCCAGCCUGGCUGUAGAAGCCAUGCAGGGAGAGAAGGAAAGGAGACACAUGCCUGUGAGGAAAGGUGGGAGGCCUGUGGAAGAAAGGACAAUGGGUAGACGGAGUGAACAGAUCAGUCAUUAGAACGUAAUGGGGAAGGGGUCUUUCACUUUCUCUGCAAUUUUAAAAAGGCCUUACAAAGCCCAACAGCACAUCUGUCAGAAGAGAGAGAGCUUCUUUCUUUCUUUCCAACACAAACUUGGUUUUGAUUCAUUUAAACCAGAUGUAUAUGCCAGGACUGAAUUGUCCCUGCUGCUGUUAUUUCCAUGAGGGAUGUUGGGAUGUGAGUAUCACAUAGCACACAGGAAAUGUAAAGUUCAUAUUCACGAACCUGUCCAGAGGAAGAGAAGGAAGAGAUGUACUCCACAAGUUCCUGCUAUGGAGGUAAUUUCAUUGGAGAAUUCAGCACUUGUUUGGAUUAAAGUCUGUCUUGCCCUGACAUCCGUAUCUCUACCUCCUCUGUGCAGAAAGCUGUGAGUGUUUUAAGUGGUGUGGGGACCCCCCAGAUGCACCUUGGUGUCUUGUGCUCAUUACGCAGCCUUCAGGCUGUGGCUGGUGAUGUGUUCUGUGUCUUUAAACAUGUUUGCUGGUGAUGUUAAUAGUAGCCAUUAGUCACCAAGAGUGGAGAUGAUUUAAAGAAAGCUGACAAUUUUAAGCGUUCCACUUACAUCUAAUACUAAAUUGGUGAUUAUUACAAGUAAUGCCUAAGAUUAUAAUAACAUAAAAGGGUUUCAGGGUUUGGUUGCACUGUUGCAUUGACAGGACAUAUUGCACAAUCACUUUCCCUUAAAUAUGCUUUUUCCUGAGGUUCAUAUGCAUCUUUCAUGCAUCAGUGACCGAAGAAACUAAAUAAUAGAAAUUGUGAUUCUAAAAUUAUGAAUAUAUUCAGAGGGGCAUAUGCAGAACACCUGACAGUUUUUAAAAAAAUGUUUUGCAGUUAACUAUCUUUCAACUUGACAAUAAUGUCACUUUAAAAUCAGUUGGCUCUAGCUUUUUCAUCCUGUGGACUCUUGUGUGAAAUGCAUCCUGCAAACCUUUCCCAGAUUUGCAUCCAUUCUUCUCUUACCCCCUUGCAUUGCAAAACAAUCUGUUUUCUGUACAUAUUUUAUUCUGUGAAUAACUGGAGAAAACUAUAAAAGACAAACAAACAAA